AGAUAAUUUAGGCUUAUAUAGUUAAACGGCGAAACUUCACUAUCAACCCGGGUAAAUCUUCAUCCACAGACAUCUCCCCGUACUUCAUCCAGAUGGUGGAUAUUUUCCCAUCUCUUUAAGACUCUCUUCAUCGAGCAGUCAGUGGAAGAUGUGUUUAUAGCUACACUCAAUUAUUUUACAUCCGAUCAAGUCGGCUCCGAGAGCGGCCAUCUGCAGCCUUGCAAUCCCUCGUUGGGGACCCGUUGCCCAAAGCUUCCAUGAAAGGCUUCGGUCCUUUCCACUUCAGGCCGUAGGUAACAUUUCGUGGCCGGUUCCUCCUUUGGUAACAUCCGAUCAAGUAUGGUACUUCGAAUCACCAACACAAGGAGAGGUUCACCUCUACUCGGUCAAAAAUAGGAAAUGCCCGAGCCAUCGCCCACUAAAGUAGAUCGGCGUCGUUUGGUAGGCCAAUGGCGUGCGUGCGUCCGUGUCAACAGACUGAAAAAUAUGUCUCCGAUCGACGCACCCCGGACGCUGUCAUAGAGUUUAUAGCAGAUGAGGUCGGCUGUAGGAAUUUGUGAUAAAAAAGUUGUCUCACCGCGCUCAACUUUUGAACGGGGGUCCUCUCUUCCAGUUAAAUAUUGACAGCUUACCUGAACUAACCUUCCAUACACCAUGUCUACCAAGUCUACGAACCCUCCCAAGCCAAUCCGGGUCUGGCUAACUCCGCCCGGGCCAAACUCAUGGAAGACCGUGUACUUGCUGGAAGAGCUUGGCCUCAGCUACGAAAUCAAGUCGUUUCGCUUCGACGACGUCAAGAAGAAGCCUUUCAUCGACAUCAACCCCAACGGCCGAGUGCCUGCGAUUGAAGACCCCAAUACAGAAUUGGUGCUAUGGGAAUCUGGCGCCAUUUCCCAAUACCUCAUUGAACAAUAUGACACUGAAAAUCGUCUCUCGUACACAUCGUUGAAAGAGAAGCACCAUUGCAACCAGUGGCUGCAGUUCCAAGUCAGCGGUCAAGGGCCUUACUAUGGCCAGUGUGGUUGGUUCCAACACCUACACCAGGAAAAGUUCCCGUCAGCCAUUGAGCGAUAUGCGACCGAGAUCAAACGAAUUAUUAGCGUCCUGCAAGGCGUCCUGGCCGCCAAACCUGCCGACCAGCAGUUUUUGGUUGGCGACAAGCAGACUUAUGCCGACAUGGCGUUUGUCCCUUGGAACUUUAGACUUAGCGAGGUACUCAUGCAGUCCUGGGAUGAAGUCUGGGAAAAUGCGCCCAAUGUCCGCGCAUGGCAUGAAAAGAUGGUCGAGUCUCCCGCUUGGAAGCGAUCCAUGGAACAUCGCGCCAAGGCCAUGGACGACCAGGGCCUGCAGUGGAAUGGUGUUCCCAAGGGAAUCGAGACGUUUGCAGAGUACGAAGCCAAAAUUGCGGCGGGCGAUGACACGACGCCUAAAUAAUGCGUCUACAAUACAAGGUAGACAACUUAGAGUUUCAGAGGGUGCACCAAGUUAGUUAGCGAAGAAACGC